UCCCUGCACAAUAAAUGAUGCUGCAUUAACAUACAUUCAUUGGCACCAUCUCAAUGUGAAUGCAAUCAUACUGAUACCUUUACCUUCUCAGAUCAAGGAAAAACAGUGAGACCAUUAUCAGAAUGGAUUCAAUGGAAAUUGAUGACAACAUAUACAUGAAGAACCUCACAAUGGAAGGCCUCAUUAGCCAAGAUUUUCAGACAAGAAAGCAGCCCUCUAGAUGUGUGACUGCGUGUCUUGGAUUACUGUGUGCUGCCCUGUUGGCUGGAAAUUUAGGACAGAUUAUCUACUAUGAGACAAUCAGCCGUCCCGUGUCAGCAGACCCAACGCAGGCCAAUUACAGCACUCUGACUCAAGGAGAUCAACUGCAGAGCAGUUGUGAUGCUUUAAAUGCAGAGAGAAAACAGUUAGAAGCCAGACUGAGUGAUCUGACUAAAGAAAAAGACCAGUUGCAACAGAGUUACAGUUCUUCGACUACUGAAAGAGAUGAGUUCAAGGCCACGUUCAACGAUCUGAAAAACGAGAGGGAUCAGUUACAAGCAAGUUACAACACCUUAAAACAAGAGAGCGAUCAGUUACAUACAAGCUAUAAUGAAAUGCAGAGGAAUUUUGAGGGGUUAAAGACUAAUCAAAAUAAUCUGACAGCAAGUAAUGACCAGCUGCAGACCAAUUACAGUAACCUGAAGAGAGAAAAAGAUAAGUUACAGAUUUUGUGUAUUACGCUCAUAACAAACAGAGAUCUGUUACAGAGGAAUUACUCUUUGUUAAAGAAGAGCAAGGACCAGUUGGAAAGAAACUACAAUACACUGAGUAUAAGUAAAAAUCACCUUGAGACCAGCUACAAUUCAUUGUGGAAAGACAAAGAACAAUUGCAAUCCCUUUAUAAAAAUCUGCGGGGGGAAAAAGAGCAGUUACAGACCAAUUACAGCAGUUUGGCUGCAGAUAGAGAUCAGUUAGAGAAGAAGAUCGACAAAGUAAGAGGCAAACCCUGUCAAACAGGCUGGAGGAAGUUCGACAUCAGCUGUUACUUUGUUUCAGCUGUAAAGAAAAACUGGACGUUAGGCAGACAAGACUGCUUCACCAAGGGAGCAGAUCUGGUCGUCGUAGACAGCAGGGAUGAACAGGGAUUUAUCAACGCGUUACUGCAAUCAGGACAAAAUGCCUGGAUUGGUCUGACUGACAUUCUUCAAGAGGGGACUUGGAUGUGGGUGGAUGGGACCCCGGUCACCACAACGUACUGGCAGCCCGGGCAGCCCAACAGCUUCAGUGGGAACCAGGACUGUGGAGAAAUAGUGCCCAAAUCAUCGGGCGUGGGAGAAUGGAAUGAUGAUGGCUGUUUUGCUGAACAGAUCUGGAUCUGCGAGAAAUAAGAUCAAAACGAUUUACACUGUUAAUGAUGGUAUGUGGCUUUGGACUGUGGUUCUAAUGUUUAAGUCUGGUGAUAUUAUAUAUUGUAUGUUUGUAUAUAUUGAUGUUUAUUGUCAACAAACCCCACGAUAAGACCAAAACCAACAAUGAAUUGAUUCUACUAACAAUCUUAUUCCUGUGCCAUAGAGCUCCAUUGUUAUCCAAAAACUAAAUGAGCCACACCAUUGCACUGUGUGAAAUGUUCCUUAAUUAUCAUGAACACACACGCUGUAAUUUAUUUUGAGUCCUGCUGCCGGAAAUACUCAAUAGAGCACCAAGUGUGUAUUAAUCCACAGCUGAAAAUAGUCCCCAACAAACACACUACUUACUCCAGUUUUAGUAACAUUUGCCAAAAAGUACUGGUCCCAGCUGUUUUAGGAAAUUACUGAGUCCUUUUUGAAAAUGAUAGUAUAUAUUAGUGGCCCAUUUUUUCCCACUCAUCUUCAGUGGGAACCAUAAAGUGUUGGACAAACACAUUGAUGGUUUUGGUCUUUUCAUGGGAUUUGUAGACAAUAACAAACAUAUAGUAUAAUGCCAGCCUUAUUCUUUGAUACUGUUGAAGGGUCAGUUCACCCAAAUUACAAUAAAAAACAUUUGUCAUACCUCUAGUGGUAUCACGCCACAUAGAAAGUUUUGACGUUCUGAGAUUGUUACGGACAGACCACCGGAGACAAUGGUAACGUGACUAGAGAGUUUAUUGCAAACACAGAAGUAUAUAGAGAGGAGUAGAUACUGUCCUUUCUCUUACGGAUGGCGGAGGCGUGUGGGCACCGGGGCACCACACACCGAAGACGGGGAACACUCAGGAGCUCCGCACACAGGAGACAGACGGGAGCCAGGAUUAGGAGCGGCACACUCAGGAGACGGUAGAUCGAUAGGAGCUGAGGUUUAGAGUUCGUAGCGAGAAUUAUCCAAUAUUUGUAGUGUUGAGUCCGUGAAACAUACACAGGCAGACUGCUCUGAUCUGUCCUUUGUAGAAACGAAACCGGACACUGACUGAGGUGCGGAGCUGGGUCUUAUAGGGAGUAGGGUGGUUGAUUAUGUGCAGGUGUGCUAAAGGUGACAGGUGCUGGGAAUUAAUAAUCAGGUGAGGGAGUGCAGAGUGACUGUGAUGAGAAUAGUGGCUGGUGAGGCAAUGACAGGUUGUAACAGAGAUAUCCGUCUCUGAUCUCCACUCCAAUACAAUGAAGAUGAAUUUGUGCUGUUAACAUCACUGAAAAAUGGCAACAACAACAGCUUUUAUCAGAAACAGUGUUCUUGUUAUUCUGGCUAAUCCACAGAAAACAAUGUCAGUUUUCAUAGGACCAUGUCUCCAACAGAAGGUAGUUCCAAAUGCCUUUUUUUAAUUCAACAGCAUUUUAUACUUUAUUUUCAAAUGCAUUUUUUUUAUGCUGUGACCACUCUAGUAGACACGGCAAAUUGCAGGAAACCAGUGGGCUUUGGGCACAUUCUUGACUUUUCUGAUUUCCAUCAGAAUCUUCACAUUUUUAGUUUGCAGAGAGUCAAAUCUUAGUAUAGUUUAUUUUUUAGCUUUCAUGGUUUUAGACGUAAGUAAACUUUGCUGCAAAACAUUGUUACUAAUUUCAUAUAUUUACUAUUUAGCAGAUGAUUAGUGUUUGAUGUAAUGGAAAUAUAAAAAGUGCUUGGUUGUACAAAAACAGAUUUUGCUGUCAAUGUCAAGUACUCCACUAUAGCAUUAUGUGGCCUUUGACAUGGCUUUAGAUAUGUUUGCAAAUUGCCAUCUGUGUGAUUAAUUAAUAUGUAUGAAAAUGAAAGUUUACAAAGCACAUACAUACAACAUUUGCAUAUGAUAUUAAUAAUUUACUGUACCACUCUGUAUUGAUUACAUGAUACUGGUGAAACACGCUCCCUGGCACAAAUUAAUUUUUAUCUCUGUAUUUUCCCAAAACAAUUCACUGUUUGUGUCUCUUCCCUGGGUACUUAAAUGGCAACUAUCUACUGCAUUUUCAUAGCAAAUUCAAUCACAAGAACUAAACAAAGAUUUCUUACAAUAUUGGAAUAAAAAAAUUAUGAGCA